AUGUAUCUCACAGAUGCCUCGGAUGCAAUCCGUUGCAAAGCUUUUCCGACGAGCUUCACCAAAACAGCAAUAAAGUGGUUCGACAGCUUGCCGCCGAGAUCGAUUGCGAGCUUUGAUGACCUCGCAAAGAAGUUCCUAGCUGGGUUCUCCAUUCAGAAGGAUAAGACCAAGCACGCUCCAAGCCUACUAGGGAUUAAACAAGGAGAUCAGGAGAGCCUCCGCAGUUAUAUGGAAAGAUUCAAUAAAGCAUGUCUUGACAUACAGAAUCUCUCUACAGAAGCAGCCAUCAUGGGUCUCAUCAAUGGCCUACGAGAAGGACCCUUUAGUCACUCUAUAUCCAAAAAACAUCCAACAUCUUUCAACGAGGUUCAAGAGCGGGCGAACAAAUACAUUAAUAUGGAAGAAAACUCCCGAUUAGGAGAAACCUCAAAGACUGAAUUCUCCUACCCACCUCGGGACAAGAAUAAAAAGUCCAGGAAGAAAGAAGACCAACCCAUUGAGAAACCUAGAAAGUACCACGACUACACCCCUCUCCUGGUGUCUCUUGUGGAUGUCUAUCGAGAGGUAUGCAACACAGAGAAGAUCCCGCCCCCUUGUCUGAUUAAACACAAAAGGGGAGGAUGUCGGACAAAGUAUUGUGAAUACGACCGAAUUUAUGGGCACUCUACCAACGAGUGCUACGACCUAAAGAACGUUAUAGAAAAGCUAGACAUCGAAGGCAGAUUAGAUCGAUUCCUUGCCAGUACGAGGGACGAACCAAAAAAGAGAAGAAUGGAUGAAGAGGGUGAACGAGCUGAACGUCCCCCUCGCACCCCUGAAAGACAUGUUCAUAUGAUCAACGGUGGAUUCGCAGGCAGAAGGAUCUCUAAAUCAUCCUACAAAAGACACCUCCAAGAGGUGUAUCAUGUCGGAGAAGGGAAGAGAUCAUCAGACCUCCCUAUUAUCAUCUUUACUCAAGAAGACGCCGCGGGCAUCAUCUCGGGACAUGACGACUCGGUGGUCAUUACAAUCGUAUUAGCUAAUGCCAACCUCCAUCGAACAUUGGUCGACCAGGGAAGCUCCGCGGAUAUACUGUUCAAAUCUACCUUCGACAAACUCGGCUUGCAAGAAAAAGAACUCAGAGCAUAUUCGGAUAACCUAUUCGGGCUCGGGGACGCCCCAAUUCGGCCACUAGGGUACCUUUCGCUACAUACAACCUAUGGAAAGAGAACUCGGUCUAGGACGUUAAGCAUAGAGUACAUCGUAGUCGACGUGAGCUCAGCAUACAAUACCCUAAUAGGUCGGACAACGUUGAACCAGCUCACUGUAGUAGUCUCCACUCCACACUUGUGCAUGAAGUUCCCAACGCCAGAAGGGAUCGCCACCAUAAAGGGAGCCCAAAAACUAGCGCGGCACUGUUACAAUGAAAGUCUGAACCUUAAAGACAAUCCCGGAGGAAAGGAAACCAAUACAAUCAAACUCGAGAGAAUCCGAGCUCGCGAAGAACUUCGUCCUCAACCCAAAGGUGAGACCAAAGAAGUUCAGAUAGGGGAUGCUCAAGACAAAGUAACGAAUAUAGGGGCAACCUUAAAAGGGGACUUAAAGGAGUUGUUGAUACAGUUUCUAAAGGAUAAUUCUGACCUCUUUGCAUAG